GCGCAGGCAGCGGCGGUGGUCGGCUGGGCGCAGGCGCAGUUAGCAGCGGUGGCAGGCUGAGCGCGGCCGGGGAGUUGGAGUGAGGCGGACACGCGGAGCGGCCGGGCGGGUAACGAGCGAUUGCUGUGGCGUACUGAGAUUGAGCCCUGAUACGUGGCAAGUACUUACUGGCAGAUACGAAGAGAGGAAUUCACUUUGCUGCCACGACCACGUUGAGAAAUGUCGAAAGCUGCAGGUUCAAAGUCCAGGUCGCAGUCGUCUCAUUCGAGGUCCCGCUCUCGGUCCCGCUCUCGGUCCUUUACGAGGUCACGCUCACGUUCUCGCUCCCGGUCUCACUCUCGAAAACGGAAGUACAGCCCCAGGUCUCGUUCCAGGUCCUAUUCUCCGACACAUAAUCGGGAACGGAACUACCCAAGGGAGUACCAGCCCAGGGAGUUUCGAGGCCACCGGGGCUAUAGGAGGCCCUUUAUACAGCGCCGAGGGCGAGGCUAUUAUCCAAGGGGUAACUGGAAUAACCGUGGGGGUUAUGGCAACUACAGCAAUUACAACCAUUACGGCAAUUACCGGCCGAACUGGCACAACUACCGCUCGACUUACAGCCCGCGGCGUGGCCGUUCUCGCUCACGCUCACCUAAGAGGCGGUCAGCAUCGCCAAGGUCCAGGAGCCGCUCCAGGUACACUGACAAGUCGUCGUCCAGCAGGUCAGGAAGGUCAUCAUCUUCCAGGUCUCGCUCCUCGCCUCACCGCAGCCGCUCGGCCUCCCCUAAGCGACGGAGCAAGAAGACCAAAUCGUCACAGAAAGAGGCAACUGCCUCUAAGCUCCCCACCCAGGAGACAGAAGACCAGCAGAAACGCUCACCCGAGGAUGGGCAAGCUGGUAAUGGCAGCUCUGAGGCCCCCACCGGCCUGGCUCCCAAACGCAGUGAUUCGUGGAAAGGCCUGACUGCCUAUGACACUAGUCCCAAGCAUCCCAGCCCAGCCCCACGUUCUACUGUGGUGCUGAAGACCAGUCCGGCAUUGCAUUCCAGCCCAAGCCAGCAGAGCCCCUCGCUGUCGGGCACUACCCGCCACGCUUCACCUCAUGGGAGCCCUACGCAGAUGAGCCCUCAGAGCCGCAGCCCAACUAGACCGAACACCUCUCAUCAGAGCCCCCCAUCGAUCAGCUCUACAAUUCGCAGUGUGCCACGUCAAGCCCCAGCCAACCACAGCCCACCACUGGCGGGUGUGGCACAGGGCAAUGUACAGAAAGAGGAAACGCGGCCAGGAAUGUCGAGCAUGUUUGUGGAGCAGCCAGUCCCAACUAUCUCUUCAUAUCUAAAGAGGUAUGUUCCAAGAAGUGUGGUGAAAACGGAGUUCCAUGUGAAAAACAUCCCAGAGAAAGGCAGCCGUAGCAGCCAAUCCCCGAAACGAUUCAAGGGCGGAGUUGCUGAGGAGUUUGAAAAAAUCUCAAAAGCAGAGAUGCGUCACAAAUUUGGCUACGAUGAAGAGGAGGUGGAGGAACACGACAAGGACUACCCGGCCAAGAACCAAAAGGAAUAUGGAUAUGAGGAUGAGCUCAAGUACAGGAGCAAAUUAAUCGCAAGUAAAACUCAGGAGAGAUAUGAUGAGGAGGAUGAGGAGGAGGAAGAUGAUGACGACAAUGAUAGACCACGGAAGCGGGAAGAGAUAAAUUUCUUUAAGCACAUCACCAUCUCCAAGGAGAAGUUUAGAGAGGUGGAGGAUGUGGAGGAGGAGGAAUUAAUGCCUGAGAGAUUUAAAAAAGAGGAGCGAUUUCUAUCAAAGAAAACAGAUGGGAGCAGAUACCGGGAGGUGUCACCCAUGAAAGCAUCAAAAUAUAAGGCAGGCCGAGCAGAAAGCCCUCCUCCCCCUAGGAAAAGCUCCGAUAGCAAAGAGCAGGAAGGCGUGACUGCUCAAGAGGAGAGUGCCCCUGUGCUCAAACCAGCUCAUCGUCCAACAGAGGUGACGCUGAAAAUGGAUUCCUUGCAGUUUGGCGAUGACACACUUGGCUCUGCCAACGUCCUGACCCAUGAGCGACGCCUCUGUCGCGACCUUGUUCACAAACCCAAAAAAGAUCAGGAGUUCCGUUCCAUCUUCCAGCAUAUUCAGAUGGCCCAGUCUCGACGUAGUCCUUCAGAGCUAUUUGCUCAGCACAUUGUGACUCUGGUUCACCAUGUGAAAGAGCAUUACUUCAAGUCAGCAGGAGUAACGUUAAACGAACGCUUUACAAUGUACCAAAGGAGAACAGCCGAGCAGGAGGUGCCCAGGCAGAAGAGCCCAGAGAUUCACAGGCGGAUUGAUAUUUCACCCAGUGCUCUAAAGAAACGCAUGCACCUGCGUGAUGAAAUAAAGAGCCAGAAGGAGAGCAGUUACAAGCAGGGAGAAGGAAAAUUAAAAGAUGAGCCAGAUGACCUUCGCCUAGAUAUUGAGCACCGUAGGAAAUAUAAAAGCAAGGAAGGAGAACAUAAAAAAGAUAGUUCCAAAGAUUCAAGAGAUUCGAGCCAUUCACGUGAACGGUCAAAGGAAAAAUCUGGGAAAAUUCCCAAAGCUUACAAGGAGUCAAAAAAGCAAAGGAAGCGUAAGAAAGUCAGAGCAAGAACCAGCUCAUCGUCUUCCUCAUCUUCCUCUUCCUCUCCAUCGCAUGAGGGCAAAGAUGAACAAGAAGAGGGAGUGGGCCGUGAGGAAACCACGACCGGCUUUAACAAAGCUCGCCUUGGAACAAGAGAGUUCACAGGCCCACCAACACGAGGCAGAGCACGUGGAAUUUUUCAGUUCAGAAUAAGAGGAAGAGGAUAUGGCAGGGGAGCGUUUCCUGGUCCCAGCAAUAGCAGUAACCCCGGUAACCCAACUUUCCAAAAGAGGCCCCGCGAAGAGGACUGGGACCCCGAGUACACACCAAAAAGCAAAAAGUACUACCUGCACGAUGACCGUGAGGGAGAUGGAGACAACUACUGGGCAAAUAAAAGGGGCCGUGGUACCUUCCAGCGAGGAAGGGGCCGUUUCCUGUACAAAAAGUCCAACACUAGCCCCAAGUGGACACAUGACAAAUAUCAAGGCAGUGGACAAGAAGGGGUAGAGGAGGAGGAGGAGGAAGAGGAGGAGGACGGACAAGUUAGCAACAUCACGACCCAGGAAGAGAAAAAGCUGGGCACUAUGGAACAGUAGUGCGAAGGGACUGGGCCUGCCUCUGGCAUCAUUGCAUUGAUUCGAGCAUAGAAGCUGGUCACUAGGAUCAGAAUGCGAGAGAUUUCUUCGUCCAAAUCUCCAUAGGGUUUACAAUGUAGUAGGUUAUCAUUGUGGUGGGGGUAAGGGUAAAGGACCCUUUGGGAUUGAAAGGACCAAAAACACCUGUCUUUAAUACGACUUAUAUAUACAUAUAUAAAUGCCCUGCAGGUGUUGUACCUGUAUUGUAAGAUACCCCGCUAGUUGACAUCAAAGAGCUACAGGUCGCCCUGGGAGAGUAAUUCCCCUCCCCCCAUGUAUUUUGAGAACUAAAAAUUAUAAACACGCAUUAUGGUGCGGUUUGUGUACACCUGAUGUUACAGCACUACCUGAUUCAGUCUAUAAUAGGAAGCUGCUCCAAAAAUGUGAAACUGACAGGGAAAUAAAUGUACUGAUAUGUGUCUCCCACCAUGAGUCACAUCCUGCACUCAUGAAAGAUCAUCUUCCCUCAAAUUGGAUUUUCCUGAGCCCCAGAUAUUGCCGCAUGCUUCUUUUAAAACAUGGGUUUUAAAAUGCUUUCACUUUUGAAGCCAGCUUUAGAACAGAAUGUUUCAAGGAUCCUUAUUCAUUUCUUUCCCCUAGUUUCUUUUGGGAUCUACACAUCUCCAUAUUUGGUUGCGACGCUUGGCUUGUGCUUUCUCACAGAUGUGAUUGACGACAGCAAUGGUUUCUGUAUUUUUGUUUUUGGUUCUUUUUAAAACAACUGGCGACUCAGCUCGGGCCUCGUAUUGUGUUUACUUGUAGAGUGGAGGGAAAGGUGUGACCACCAUGAAUCUGAAUCUGAAUCUGUCUUAAUCCUUUAAGUAGAGAACUGUCCAAAUUAAUAAUCUUGCCCAGCCACAAGGAUUACUUUAAGCUUCCCCCCACCCCAUCCCUUUCCAACUCCUUCACCAAGAGCUAUGGACUAGAUUAAAGCUUUUAAAUGUAUUUCAAAAGUUAGAGGUCAGUGAUGGCUCAGUGAAUUUAUCCAAUCAGACAGUUCCUGGUCAUUGUUGGGCUCACCAUGACCUGCGUGUGGUGUUUUGAGUCAUUGGGCUAAGGAAAGAGAAUCAGUCAACAUUCUUAUUCUUGGUCACAGUAUUGUAACCUGCACUGGAAAGGGUGCGUCCUUGACUAUUGGGUGAAACCUUGAACGAACUGCUGGAGGGGAGAAAAUGGAGAGGGGUGAGGAGAGAGAAUAUCAAUCGACAAAGGAACAAAAGGCAGUCGGUUUUAAUGCGGCUUUGUACAUUAUUUGUACCAAAUUUUAGAAUCUGCCCCAAGCUCCACACUCUUCCCUUCCCAUAGGCCACUUCACAAAGACAAUUGAAAUGGGAUGAGAGAGGCUGGACAAGGAAUAGGAAACGAGGUUCAAAUUAAUGGGGAAUUCAACUGUCCUCAAAUUGUCCUUAAAGCACAGACAAAAGUGUCAAAAAAGAGAUGCUUUGUAAAAUAAUUACAUGAAGUAAAAGCUGAUCUUCAGUGUAUAAGUAUCAGUUAUCCUUGUUUGCUCAUUUAUGUGGCAAAAAUCAGCGAGAUUUAUCAAACAGAAUUGUGCAGUCUUGAAUGAAAGGAUGUGCUUGCAGCAGGAACUACUGUUGCAUAGUUGCCUCAUGAGACAAAAUGGAGAGUUUUCCCACUGUGCAUGUGGGAAACGGUAAAGCUAUCGUAUAGGCAAUGGCUGCAGCAGUAACUGUCCUUUUAAUUCAGAACUUUACAGUUCACUUGCCCAUCCAUCUUCGGCAAAUGCCCCCACUUUACAUAUUGUGUCACCUGUCCCUCAUGGUCCCAUUAAAACUCAGUCCUAGAGAGCACCAGAGCCCAAAUUUACACCAUAAAGUUGUAUUGCUUCUUCACCGGCCUCAGUUUCCCUACCCCACCAUGUGAACUGCUCUACUGCAUGACGUCUCCGUUUCAAGAUACUGCAAUGGCAAGAUUAGUGGAAUAGUUCAUUGCAAACAGGGAUAGCGGAAGCAACACAAAUAUCAAAACAGGAUUGUAAAUUCCUUUUGAGUUUUUAUUGUGGAUUUCUUUACAUAGUCUGAAUUCAAAUGUUAAGUUACUUGUUGCUUUAGAUCUUGGGAUUAAUGUUAAUGAACAGAUAUUGGAUAAACAUUUAGAUACAUUUUAUAUUGACAAUCAGAUAUCUCACCUCUACUCCGUGCCUGGCCUCCCCUAUUCCUCUAAUGCAUCUUGCUUGAUCUCUUUAUUUUGUAUCUUUUUAUGUAUGUAUUAAAAAAAAUUGUAAAAAAAAAGUGACACGUGCUCUCGACUGCAAUAACUAUAUUGAAUUUUUUUAUACAUAUAGAAGUAAAUAGUUUUGAGGGGAGGGGAACACGAUAUGGGAGGAGUACGACAGUUGCACUAUUUUUGUAAAAUUUUGCUGAACUGCCUUAUCACUUAAAAAUUGUUAAAAUUCACUCUUGUUGUCCAGAAUUUAACCAGAUUUGUAUCUCUCCAAUUAUUUGUGUUCAGUUUUGUUACUAUGGUUUCCUCUCUAAUCUAAAAUGGCAUUCUGUUAUCAACUCAGUUCUCCCCCCUCCCUCAAACUGUAGUCUUGCUGAGGUUCGAAGCAUUGUGUUGAAUUUUAAUUAAAUUUCUGUGCCAGCGUCA